AUGCAGAGAGCCGUCUGUCUGUCCAACGUCCCGCGGGCCUGUGGGAAGGCCCGGCCCCGCGGAAGCCGCCGGCCUCUGGGAGCUGCCGGCUCCGUGUUCCCGGGGUCAUGGGACCGGGCUUCCCGCGCCCACCGCGGGCAGCCCCCUGGGACCUCUCGCUUCCAGGCCACAUCCUUUGGGCCACGUCCUGCCAGCCCCGGGCCCAUCCCGAGACAUUUGUUUAUCCAGAUCCCUUCCGGCCUCUCCUGCGACGGACGUUCGCCGCCCCUGGAACUCCGGACCCAGAAGGAGCCGGCCCCCCCAGCUGUGAUGAGGAUCCUCCCCGCGGCGGCUGGGCCGGCUCCCUCGCCCUGCCAGGCGGGGCCCAUCAGGCGGACCUCCAGACCUCCCCCGGCCCUGUGGCAGAGCAUGGUCCUCCCUGACUUGAUUGACAGGGCCGCAGCCCCCGGCCCCGGGGGUCCCCGCCAAGCCCCGAGCGUCGGACCCCGGGCCCACCCUCACCACACGGGCAUGGGGCCCGGCCUAGGGGCCGGCCCGCCUAGGGCUCAGGACAGGAUCUCCGGGAGGAGAGAGGAGGAGGAGGAAGAGGAUGGGAAGCAAGAGAAGAGCCACGGGGAGGCCCGGACUAUGGGGGCUCAGCAGUGCGAGGAUGGACUGGACUCUGGCGACCAGGAGCCAAGUAGCCUGGUGGCCCUGGGGGCCGGCCGUCAGGGCCCACUCCGGAACCGGGACGAGGACCCGUCCGUGCUGCGGCGGGUGGCCAGGCUGGAGCAGGCCCUGAAGGAGCAGCCGGCCGAGGCCCGGCCUCGCCUGCCUGGCACCUACUACGGCCCCCGCGACCCGCCGGGCCAGGAGGCCGCAGGCGGGGGCCGCGGGGCCGUGUCCGGGGCCGAGCUCAGCCGGAGGCUCCGGGACCUGGGUUUGGGGGGGCCGUCCGGAGGGGACGGGAGGUGGGACGGGACCCCACGGAGGGCAGGGGGCUGGGACCACCACCACAUCUACGCGGAGCCGGGGGUCGGGCCGCACAGCAACCCGCCGCCGAAGCCCCGGCGGACGUUCCGGCACGCGGGCGAUAGCCCCCGGCCCGCGGGGAAGGGGUCCCGGCCCCCCCUGCCCGCUUUGCCCCCGCCCCCGCUGCCCACCUCUCCCCCACCCCGCACUGGGAGCCGGAGACUGCGGAACAGGAAACACAAGGCCGGCAGUGACCGCAGGAAGUCAUUCGAGUUUGAGGACCUGCUGCAGUCGUGGGUGGAAACGGGGCGAGCGGACUGGGCUGCCGGAACCAGGCUCGCCCUGUCCCGUCCCCUGUCCCGCCGCCCUUCCCAGGAGAACAUCUACGAGGACAUUCUUGAUCCCCCCAUGAAGGAAAACCCAUACGAGGACGUGGAGCCCGAGGGCCGCUGCCUGGGGAGGAAAUGCGUCCUCACCUUGCCCGGAUGGCCCGCCACGGACGUGCCCGCCACUCUGUCCGCCCAGGGACUCUCCAAACCUGCUUCCUUCCGGCAAAAUUCCGAGCGGCAGAGCUUCAGGUCGCUGGACGCGCGGAAGCCGAGUGAGGAUGGAACCAGCCCCCCGUCCACUCCCAGUAGUCCGGAUGACACUUUCUUCAAUCUGGGGGAUCCGCAGAAUGGCAGGAAGAAGAGAAAGAUCCCCAAGCUGGUGCUGAGGAUCAAUGCGGCCUUUGAGGCCCGGAGAGGGAAGAAGCGAGUGAAGAGGCUGUCUCAAUCCAUGGAGAGCAGUUCCGGGAAAGGAACCGAUGACAACAGCGAGUCGGACAGUGACUCUGAGGAGAAAGAAGCAGCUCACAGUCAGCGCCUCGUCUCCGUGAAGUCCCGCCUGAGGCAGGCGCCCCACCCGCGACCCCUGGAGCGGGACCCAACCGGACUCGGGGAGCGGCAACUGUUUGAGUAUUUCGUGGUGGUCUCGCUGCACCAGAAGCAGGCGGGGGCCGCCUAUGUCCCGGGACUCACCCAGCAGUUCCCUGGCAUGCUACAACGCUCGCUCCGAUUCAGCCGGGAGGCCGAGGACCAGCUGAAGGCCGUCCCUCAGUUCUGCUUUCCCGACGCCAAAGACUGGGCCCCCGUGUCCCAGUUUGCCAGCGAAACCUUCUCGUUCGUGCUGACGGGAGAGGACGGCAGCAGGAGGUUUGGGUAUUGCCGGAGGCUCUUGCCCAGUGGGAAGGGCAAACGUCUCCCGGAAGUCUACUGCAUCAUCAGCCGGCUGGGCUGCUUUGGCCUCUUCUCCAAGAUCCUGGACGAGGUGGAGAAGCGUCGGGGUAUCUCCCCGGCCUUGGUGCAGCCCCUCAUGCGUAGCAUCAUGGAGGCCCCGUUCCCGGCCUUGGGCAAGACCGUCGUGGUGAAGAGCUUCCUGCCGGGCGCGGGUACCGAGGCGAUCGAGCUCCGCCGCCCCCCGGACUCCAGGCUGGACCACGUCGACUUCCGGUGCCUCUUCUCGUCGCUCGGCGUGCGGCUCCUGCUCCGCGUCUUCGCCGCCCUGCUCCUGGAGCGUCGGGUCAUCUUCACGGCCGACAACCUCGGUACCCUGUCCCGCUGCUGCCACGCCAUGCUGGCCCUGCUCUACCCCUUCACCUGGCAACAUACGUACAUCCCUCUGCUGCCGCCAGCCAUGUUGGACGUCGUGUGCUCGCCCACCCCCUUCUUGGUUGGGCUGCCGACGGCCGCCCUGCCUCGCCUCGAGGAGCUGCCCGUGGAAGAGGUCCUCGUGGUCGAUCUGGUUCACAACCGCUUCCUCCGCCAGAUGGAAGAUGAGGACUCCAUUCUGCCUCGGAAGCUGCAGGCGGCUCUGGAGCACGUGCUGGAGCAGCGGGACACGCUAGCCGGGGACCUGGAGGAGGGCAGCCUUGAUGGGGGGCUCGGGCCAUCCCCAGGGCCCCUGGACGAGCUGGUGUCCGAGGCCUUCGUGCGCUUCUUCGUGGAGGCUGUGGGCCACUACGCCCUGUUCCUGAGCGGCGGGCCGGACGAGCGGACCCUGCAGCGUGACGCCUUCCUCAAGGCCUCCUCCUCCCGGAGCCUGCGUCGCUUCCUGGAGGUCUUCACCGAGACCCAGAUGUUUGGGGCCUUCCUGCGGGAGCGGGAACUGCGGACGCCGGCCGCCCCCGGGCUGUUUGAGGUGCGCUCCCAGGAGUACCUGGACUCUCUUCGGAGCGGCAGCGAGCAGGGAGGCGUCAACAAGUUCCUUAAGGGCCUGGGACACAGGAUGAAGUUCCUCCACAAGAAGUAGCCGUCGGCCAUGCCGGGAGUGCCCUUGGGCUCAGUGGCCUCUCUGUGGGGAGACGGGAGCCCCGGGAACCUCAGGGACACGGAGGAAGGAAGUGGGCCGCACUGGUCCCCAAUCCCAGCCGCGGUCACGUGGGUUUAGGUGGCCUCUCUGGACAGCUCCGCGGGGU